GGGUCGACCUUGGAUUCGCCAUCAACACUGGACUGUAUUCUUGGUUAGGCGGAAUACGAGGGAGAGGAUUGGAGAUGGGGAGGAGAAUUCUGAAUGACGCUCUAAGAACUAUGGUGAAUGCAGAGAGGAGGGGGAAAGCUUCCGUGCAGUUGAAGCCCAUCUCCACCGUCAUAUCCUCCUUUCUCAGGAUCAUGAAAGACCGAGGCUAUAUCAAGGACUUUGAAGUCUUUGAUCCUCAUAGAGUGGGGAGGAUAACAGUUGAACUUCAAGGCAGGAUUAAGGAUUGCAGAGCUCUUACAUUCCGACAAGAUAUCAAGGCAAUAGACAUUGAAAAAUACAGAUUGAAAACUCUUCCAACACAUCAGUGGGGUUAUGUUGUGAUUACAACUCCUGAAGGCGUUUUGGAUCAUGAGGAGGCCAUUAAGCGGAAUGUUGGUGGUCAAGUUCUUGGUUACUUUCACUAGAAUCAAUCAUUGCGAUGUUAAUUUGGCAUGAGCUAUAAUUGGUAUUGACUUGUUCUUAUUGAAUGAAACGGGUGGGGAAAUGUUUGUCCAUCAUCAUCCAAUCUGGUUUUGUUGUCUAAUAACUUGUUCUUACUUUGUCCCGCAUGAAUUUUGUAUCAGUUCUCAUUUCAUGCUUGAUGAAUGGGAUGUAUAUUAGAAUCUUCUCAUGCUGUCUUCUCUAGCUGAUGGUUUUUUCCUGUAUGCUGAUGGAAUAGAAGUAUAAGACCAAA